AUGUCGACAGACCAGCUAAAGAUCACCAACUUGAGAGUGAACUUCACCAAGCUUCACACACUGGGAGACAACCUGCUGGACCCCAGAGCUGAAAUCAAAGAAAAGUACUACUACGCCAUUUACGAGCUUGUUGUACGCGGAAACUGUUUUUGCUACGGCCACGCUUCAGAGUGCGCCCCCAUCGAAGGCAUCAGGGAUGAUAUAGAAGGAAUGGUUCACGGCAGGUGUGUGUGUAACCACAACACCAAAGGUUUGAACUGUGAGCAAUGUGAUGACUUCUACAACGACCUGCCCUGGAGACCAGCUGAAGGACGCAACACCCACGCCUGCAAGAAAUGUAACUGUAACAGCCAUUCGAGCUCGUGCCACUUUGACAUGGCGGUGUAUAUGGCCAUGGGAAAAGUCAGCGGAGGAGUGUGUGACGACUGUCAGCACAACACCAUGGGACGCAACUGUGAGAUGUGCAAACCUUUCUACUACAAAGACCCUUUUAAAGAUAUCAGAGACCCACGAGUCUGCAUCGCUUGUGACUGUGACCCAGAUGGUUCUCAGAACGGCGGGAUGUGUGAUAGCCACACUGACCCAUCCCUCGGCAUGGUGGGAGGUCAAUGCCGCUGUAAGGCCAAUGUCGAGGGGCCACGCUGCGACAAGUGUAAGACCGGCUUCUUUGGUCUGAGCGCUGAAAACCCUCAGGGCUGCCAACCUUGCCGGUGUGACCACAGGGGAACAGUGUCAGGUAGCUCCCAGUGUGACCCUGUCAGUGGAGACUGCUUCUGCAAGCGUCUUGUCACUGGACGCAGCUGUGACCAGUGUUUG